AUAGUGCCUCUCUCCCCUGACUUAACGACCAGCAGACUCUCCAGGAACUGCAGUAACACAAGGUUUUCUGACUAUCCAACUUCAAGCAAGUUGUUUCUUUUACUGGAAGAUUAUUUUCAUUGUAUUCAAACUACCAGGUAUCUUUGAAGGGACUGAGAAAAUCAGAAAGCAUUUGGACUAAAAGAAUGGAAAAGGCUGUCCUCAUCAACCAAACUUCAGUGAUGUCAUUUCGACUCACAGGUUUAUCUACAAAUCCGAAAGUACAGAUGGCUGUUUUUUUCAUAUUCCUCAUUUUCUAUGUCCUGACGCUGGUUGGUAACAUCCUCAUUGUCAUAACAAUCAUAUACGACCACCGACUCCAUACUCCCAUGUAUUUCUUCCUCAGCAAUCUGUCCUUUAUUGAUGUCUGCCAUUCCACUGUCACUGUCCCAAAGAUGCUAAGUGACACCUUGUCAGAAGAAAAGCUCAUCUCCUUUGAUGCCUGUGUGGUCCAGAUGUUCUUCCUGCAUCUCUUUGCCUGCACAGAGAUCUUCCUCCUUACUGUCAUGGCCUAUGAUCGCUAUGUGGCCAUUUGUAAACCUUUGCAAUAUAUGACAAUAAUGAACUGGAAGGUGUGUAUGGUUCUGGCAGCAGCCCUGUGGGCAGGGGGGACCAUCCACUCCAUAUCUCUCACCUCACUCACCCUCAAGCUGCCCUACUGUGGUCCUGAUGAGAUUGACAACUACUUCUGUGAUGUACCUCAGGUGAUCGAACUGGCUUGCACUGACACCCGUAUCACUGAGAUUCUCAUUGUUUCCAACAGUGGAAUGAUCUCUAUGGUAUGUUUUGUGAUUAUUGUAGUGUCCUAUGCAGUCAUCCUUGUGAGUCUAAGGCAACAGAUCUCUGAUGGCAAGAGGAAAGCCCUGUCCACCUGUGCAGCCCACCUCACCGUGGUCACUCUGUUUCUGGGACACUGUAUCUUCAUCUACUCACGCCCAGCCAUCAGCCUUCCAGAGGACAAGGUUGUAUCUGCAUUUUUUACUGCUGUCACCCCUCUGCUGAACCCCAUAAUCUACACCUUUAGGAAUGAGGACAUGAAGAAUGCCUUGAACAAGUUAAUCAGGAGGAAAGAGAGGAAAGAAAAGUAAAAAUAAGUGCUUAGGAUUCUUGGUAAUCCAAAUCAAAGAAGCAACUAUAUAUUGUAGUUAACGGAUGAUAUGACAUUUUAUUCUGGUCCUAUAUCUAACAAUCAAAGUAACUGCUAUAACUAGUAACAUUUUCCAUAUUCUAGACAUUGUCAUAGGGACUGGGCACUUACUUAACUUUCUCUACAGCAGUAGUUACAUGCUCCUCUAACUACAAGGAAACAAAAGCUCACUCUGAGCAAAUACCAUGCUGAAAGUUACCCUGCUACAAAAUCAUAAAGAUAGUAUUCAGUGGCCCAGAAUGCAGCUCAGUGCAGGAUAUGAACUUGCCAUAGAGGUGGUCCAGGCUCCAUUCCCUACUUCAAACACAUACUCUUUCUCUCCUCUCUCUGUCUCUGUCUGUCUCUGUCUGUCUCUGACCCUGUCUCUGUCUCUCUCUGUCUGUCUCUCUAUCUGUCUCUCUCUCUCUCUCUCUCUCUCUCUCUCUCUCUCUCUCAAAAUAGUCACAAAUUGGGUUUAGAUUUCAAUCAAAUCCAUCAACCUAUCAUUGAUGCAAGAGCUGGGAAAAAAUACCAACCUGGAUUCAUUAUCUCCUGCUUUUCAGUUGUCACCUCACUUACAUUAUUCAUUCUGACCUCUGGCUAGAUGACAUACCAAAAGUGGGUAAAUGAAACAAAGAACAUUUGAGUAUAACUACUGACAAAGAAAGGUUCUGAACCACUAAAGUUACUAAUCCUCUUGAGAGUCUGUCCAAAUCUGCCAUCAAAGUAAUAAAAUGGGGUGUAUUUCUUAUUUCACAAAUACUUUCUGAGCAUCAAGUUUGUGCUGGACAGUACAUUUGUAGUUACACCCCUACACAGAGUAUAUAGUAUAGUACAAAGAAGGAGCAAAAUGUAAACAACUAAGUGUGGUUACAGGUGCAGCAAGAUCCUGUUGAGGAAUCGAGUGUGCAUCAUGACCAUGCAGGGGAGGAGGGCCCCACACUAAGCAGUCCAGAGAAACCUCUUUGAGGAAGUCACAUUUUAGCUGAGAUAUGAAACAUGGUAAAGAAACCAACCGUUAAAAACAGAAGCAGAAAAGAGUCAAGAUAGAGGAAAUGCAGGUACAAAUCCUCUCUUGGGAGAGAUGACUUGCUCCAAGAAGUAACAACCAAUGUGGUUACAGCCUAGAUAGGGGAGCUGGCUGGCAGGAAAGAGGCAUUGAAGAAGUUAAAAAAAUCUUUCUGUGUUCACUCAAGGAGUUUACAUUCUUUUCCAUAAAAUAAAAAGUUGCCAGAAUGGGGUAUGCAGAGAAAUGAGAUUUGGUUUUUGUUAGGUAAAGUAAACUUUGUGGUGUUGUUUUUGAGAUAGGCUUUCAAGUAGCUUAGCCUGGUCUUAAACUCCUGAUACCCUUUUCUUAAAGUCCCAGACACUGGAGUUAUAGUCAUGAGCCACCAUGCCUGAAUUGGUCUAUUUAUUAUAUAGAGAACUGACCCAACUAAGCAUUUAUUACUAAACUACUAAUAGGCACUUGAUGUUGCCUCAAGUGCUGGAAGAGAACACCAACUUGAGUACAUGAUCUGUAUCCAGAUCCUUUCAUUGCUUUGGGGUGGCCUGCACCACAGCAAAGAGGUAUGUGACAAAUGGAAUUGGCAAUCAAAGAAUUGUGUCUUAUAUACAUAUACACAAAAGCUAAAGUGGCUAGACAUGGUGGUACCAGUUGUCAUCCCAGCAUUUAAAAUGUAGAGAAAAAAUGUAGAGCCAAGAUGAUCAGGACUUCACAGUCAUCCAGAGCUACUUGUUGGGUUUAAGGUUAGACUGGACUACAUAAGAACCUGUGUUUACAAAAGAGCAUGACAUACUGGAAAUCAGACAUUCACUUUGACUCCAUCAAUCAGAGUCACACUGCAGUUCAGCCUGGGUCUCCUGAGCCAUCAGCCAUUGAUGAGGAUGCCAUCAAUAAAUCUCUGGGCCAAAAUAACCAUCUCUACUUUUAAUGGUCCUUUUGUCUGUAAAUGUAUUAACAGGUAGUUUGAGCUUCAAAAGCUAUUUCAGUUGUUCUGAGCUUUGGUUAUGCAGGCAUUUGUAGGGGUUGGGAGGAGUGCUUUUAAGGCAGCACAUAUUAAUUUUCCAUGGACACAUCAGCUCAUUAACACCAGGCUUGCUUUCCCCAAACAAAACUCCCUGAAUAAUAUUAAACCAUAUUUGUUCUUCUUCCUGGUGUGAUAAAUGAGCCAGGUUCUAAAAUCAUAAGGUUCAUAUAAAACAAAUGUCCUUUUCCUAUAGGCAAUAAUAGGUGUGAGAAUAGAUUUCCAAAGAGUACAAACAGAACCACUGUAUGCAGGAAUCAGUAGAGGAACACAUGAUAUUGAUAGAAAAGGCAACAUCACUCAAUGUUGCCUAGCAGUCACUAAAGUUGUCAUCUGUGAAUGGCCACUACUGUCUGCACUUGUGUAAAUCUUCACAACUUUCUGAAGACAUAAAGUAAAACAGCUAUUCUCCAUUUCACAGAAAUUAUUUCAGACUCCAACAAAAGAUCAAAAAAUGUGUGUAUCUAUGUAAUGACAAAUAAAAUUAAAUUAUCUUAAAUUUUUGUUUAAUUUGGGAGGUUGGUUUUUGACACAGGAUCUCCUAUAAUCCAGGCUCAUUUCAAAUGCACUAUAUAGCUGAGGCUAUCAUUUAAUUCAUUAUCCUCUUGCCCUCACCAACCAUGUUGCUAUGCUUACAAGCCUGUAAUACCUUGAAUAACUCAAAAGACCUUGACUCUUGUUACAUGCUUUUUCUUCAACCACUGAAUUUCUCAGGUACAACAUUCUAUGUAAUAAAAAAAAUGUUUAAUAUUGUCACAAAAUGAAUGAACAAAUAAGGUAUUAGAGACUUCUUUCUAUAUAGUAGAUAUCAAUGGGUCUGAACACCAAUGCAAGUAAAUAUAUAAAA